AUGUACUGCUGUACUAUCAGAAUGGCUAACUCUUUAUUAACAUUGAAUAAUUUUAGACUACUGUUCACACCUGUUAUUGAGCCCAACAAGUUGCUGAAGUCACUCGAAUCCAGGGCUAAGGGAUUGAACAAUUAUAAUACCCAAUUCCAUGGAACAAAGGCCCAUUGGGUAGUUGAAGCACAAAAUAGAACGCCUGGUGACCCAGUCUUUGUUUAUUUCCACGGUGGGGGCUACUGCUUACCCCUGUUAGACACGCACAUUAAAUUUUUGAUACAGCUCUACAAGACGUUGAACGACUCAAGAUUCUCGAUCUUGGUGGUUGAUUAUAGUUUGGCGCCUGAGAAACCAUAUCCUACUCAACUUAUAGAGGCUGCUACGGUCUACCAGGAGCUGGUGGACAAGGAUCAUGCAAGAAAGAUAAUUCUUUCCGGUGAUUCUGCUGGUGGUAAUCUUGCUGUAGUCCUCAGUGCUCACCUGAAGCAUCAUCACCCAGAAGCACCACUACCGGAGACCUAUGUGCAGCCUUUUGCCGAAGUCUUGAUUUCACCAUGGAUCAAGAUCUUUCCUGAGCUAGAGGGAUCUUAUUUGGAAAACAGCGACGCUGAUAUCCUAGGCUUGGGAGCGAGAGAGUGGGCUAACGCGUACAUUAGCAAUGACGAGAAGUUGCUUGAAGUUCCCUGGGUAAGUCCAUUGGAUUCCAAGCCUGAAUUCUGGGAAGGCGUUUUUCCUAAAAAUACUCUCAUCACCUGUGGAGAGAAUGAAGUAAUGAAAGAUGAUGUGCUUAGAUUCAAACAGUUGGUCAAGAUUCCAAGACUUCACUAUGAACUCGAUGGUAGUCACAACUCAUUAUUCCUCGAUAGAAAUUUAAAGAAUCAUGCACUUUUAUUAGAGAUUGUUCAUUAUAUUCGGGAAAUAUUAGGAACGGGUCCUCCACAGAGUGUAUUGGCUGCCAAGGAGUCUCACAAUGCUCAUGCUACCAAGUUAUAA